AAUUAUAAAACGUCACCACCUGUCAAAAGGAUGAUUUAGAAUUAUUUGUUAAAAGAAUUAAAAAAACUUGUUUUUCUAACAGAAACUAUUCAAAAAUGAGUAGUAAAACGAAAACGAUCGAAAAAAACGGUGUUUCCACGUCGAAUAAAACUUUAUGGACCAGAGCGUUUACCUCGAAUUCGGAGUGGCCUGAUAAGGAAGAAUUUUUAGAUGUGAUUUAUUGGAUGAGACAAUUCAUCGGAAUUUUUAUAGGGAUAACGUGGGGGUUAUUACCGUUAAAAGGCUUCCUUGGUAUAGCUUUAUUCGUCUUGGUUAAUGCAGCGAUUAUUUAUUUUUACUGUAUAAAUUUCCAAAAUAUAAACGAAGAAGAGUAUGGGGGAACGUGGGAAUUAACUAAGGAAGGGUUUAUGACAUCGUUUGCUGGGUUUUUAGUUACAUGGAUUAUAAUUUAUUCUGGUUUACAUCAUGAAUGAUUAAAGUAAUUUCUUAUUAAUUAGGGUUUUGUAAUAAAUAUAAUAUUGUUUCAUCUUAAAAGGAAAUGUAAUCAUGUACAGCAAUAUCCAUAAUAAAUAUUUAUAAGAUGUCA